CUUUUGCCUCCACCAUAGCAGUUGGUUCUGAACCAUCUUGGAAAAAAUAGGCGAUGGCGCAGUGGUGCGGCGCAUUAGCUAAGCGAGUGAUGGCGGCGGAGCGACGGUCUCCUUCACCGACGUCGUCCAUGGCGGUUGAAGGACUGGUGCCGAUCCUUUGUGGACGAGGUGACAAGAAGACGAAGAAGGGGAAAAUAUUCAAAGGCUCGUACGGAAACGCUAGGCCGAAGAAGGAGAAGAAGAUUCAGCGAAUUAAGGAUAAAAUCGAGGUUCCUAGUUCUACUCCUUGGCCUCUUCCUUUCAAGCUCAUCUGAUUUUAAUCUCCUUUGUUGUUGCCUCUAAUCGGAUCGGACUUUCAUGAUCCGUAAUUUUGAAAAAUCAAGGUUUUCUCGAGGUUUAGGGUUUA